AUGGCUUUUACCACAUCAGGGAUUUGCAAAUAUUUCAUUCUCUUUCAGGGCUCAUUCUAUUUCUUGCUUUUAAUCCUCCCUCCUCCUGCAACAUCAUUGAGCUUCAACUUUUCCAAUUUCAAUCAAUCAGUAGAGAUCGAUAGUAUCGUCGUGCUCAAGGGAAAUGCAACAAUCUCUGAUCCAAUGAUCGAUCUCACAGUAAAUAGAAGAGAUAUAGGCCCUUCUGGUAGUACUGGCGGAGUGUUUUAUAACACUCCAGUUCAGCUUUGGGACAAGAACACUGGAAACCUAACCAAUUUCACAACCCAUUUCAUCUUCACCUUGGGAGACACCAAAGUUGGCUGCCUAAAUUGCUAUGGAGAUGGGCUUACUGUCUUCCUUGCUCCCAAUGGUUCUGUAAUCCAUGAUUAUUAUGGAGGUGGUGGUCUUGGUCUUUUCAAUGCCACUGGUGUCCAAACAAAUAAUUCUGUCAUUGCAGUAGAGUUUGAUACUUACAAGAAUGAUUGGGAUCCAGAUUACAAUCACAUAGGUAUUGACAUUUCUUCCGCCAACUCUACAAACACUACCUCGUGUUUUAAUUUUACUUUUUGGAAAUCGAUGAGAGCUAAUAGUAGCCCUUGGGAGGCUUGGGUUGAUUAUGAUUCAAGUUCUCAAAACUUGAGUGUUAUAUUGACUUGUGCUAAUAAAUCUCUUUCCUGUGAGAACUGUAGUGUCAACUAUAAUGUUGAUCUCAGGAAAUAUCUUCCAGAACAGAUCACUGUUGGAUUUUCUGCAGCCACAGGAUAUAAUGGUGAGCUACAUCAGCUAAACUCCUGGGAUUUCAAUUCGAGUUUGGUGAUUUAUAACUCGAAUAAUAUUAGGAUGGUGGUGGGGUUGGCUGUGGGCGGAGCCGCUGCCGCCGCCUUGAUUAUUACUGUCUUGGGUUUGUAUUUGUUUAUCAGGCGGAGAAGGAGACGACAAAGCAAAGCAGAUGAAAAUGAUGUGAUCUUAGAUAUACCCAGAGGACCUAGGGAGUUCAUGUUUGCUGAAUUGACUCGAGCAACUAGGAACUUCGAUGAGGAACAAAAGCUUGGAGAGGGAGGAUUUGGAGGUGUUUAUAGAGGCUUCUUAAGUGAUCUCAAUAAGGAUAUUGCUGUGAAGAGGAUCUCUAAAGGGUCUAAACAGGGGACAAAGGAAUAUGCAUCGGAGGUGAAGAUCAUUAGUCGAUUGCGGCAUAGGAAGCUUGUGCAACUUAUUGGUUGGUGCCAUCAGCGGAAAGAGCUACUUCUUGUAUAUGAGUUCCUGCCCAAUGGAAGCCUUGAUAUCCAUCUAUUUCGAAACAAGGGUUCCUUGACAUGGGAUUUGAGGUACAAGAUAGCUCUUGACUUAGCCUCUGCAUUACAGGAUUUGCAUGAAGGUUGGGAACAAUGCAUUGUCCACAGAGAUAUUAAAUCCAGCAAUGUAAUUCUAGAUGCCAAUUUCAAUGCUAAACUUGGGGAUUUCGGUCUCGCUAGGCUUGUGGAACAUGAGGAAGGGUACUCACAAGCAACCAUCAAUGUAGAUGGUAGCACAGGAGACAAUAAUACGGCAUCACAAACACAAACAACCAAUAUAGCUGGUACCAUGGGAUACAUGGCGCCUGAAUAUAUGAUUACUGGUAAGGCUACCAAAGAAUCUGAUAUCUAUAGUUUUGGCAUUGUUCUCUUAGAAAUUGCUUGUGGGAGAAGGCCCAUUGAAGCUAGGGCUGACCCAAGUGAAGUAAGUUUGGUAAAGUGGGUUUGGGAGCUCUAUGGAGCACAAAAACAUCUUGAAGCGGCUGACCCAAGUCAAGGUAUGGAUUUUGACAAGAGACAAGUAGAGUGUUUGAUGAUUGUUGGGCUAUGGUGUGCUCACCCAGACUACAAACUCAGACCUUCUAUUGAAAAAGCUAUUCAUGUUCUCCAAUUUGAUGCUUCACUGCCCAUUCUCCCAACUAAGAUGCCUAUGCCCACAAAUAAAUCCCCUCUUCCAUUCAAUAUGUCUACAUUCUCGAUUGCAUCAUCCAGCAGUGGCACCACUGAUUCCUCCAAGUUAUACAAAUCAUCAUCUGCUUCAUCUUCUUCCUCUAUGUCCCUCUUGAAUAAUCCACGUUAAGCAGAAAUGUAAUGUCUUAAGUUCGAGAUUGCAGUUCUCUCACUCUUUCUUUCUUCUCU